GUCAUUCAAAAGUAAACCCCAAUGCCAGGUGGCGAAGAAGAAAAAUAUAACGGACCUCAUUCACUGAAUGCUAAACUAAAUUCGGUACAAGUAUCGAAGCUCUUACAAAGUAAAAUAAUUAUAACCCAUAAUCUCAGAUAAAAUGUACUAAGCUUACAAGAAAAAGAAUGGAGUAACAAUGACAAGACCAAUUAGAAAAGAGGAAGAUAAGAAAUCACGAUGAUUGUCUCAACGAAUGGGAAAAAGGCUCUCUAUUUAUCAGUCCUAUUUGUUCUUCUGUUUGUUGCCACUAAUUUUGUCAAUAAGUUUGUAUUAUCUGUAUUAAAGUUUACCUAUCCUACCAUUUUCCAAGGAUGGCAGACUUUAGUUGGUGCUGUGAUGAUAAAAAUUCUCAUAUCUGCUGGCAUAAUGGAACCAAUUACCCCAACUCUUAACAGAUCUGAUGUAGCAUUAUGGUUACCUGGUAUGAUGUUGUAUGUUAUAUCUAUUUAUUCAGGUUCUAAAGCAUUAGCUAGUUUGACAAUACCAAUAUAUUUUACACAACAGAAUCUGGUUUUAGUCUUUCGUCAGAUUGCCACCAUGUCAAUCAACAAACAGAUGACAUCAUUAUUUAAUUAUGUUAUGUUAAUGUUAGUUGUUGUGUCUUGUGUUGCUGUCAUUAAAACAGAUCCAAUGUUUAAUGCUGAGGGCUAUUUCUGGGUGUCUAUUCAUGUUGUAUGUAGUGGUUUAAUAGAAAUUUAUACACAAUUAAUAAAUGGCAGAUUAAAAUUAAAUGUCCAUGAUAGACUUUAUUCUUGUUAUAUAUAUAGUGUCAUUAUUUUAGCACCUUCAAGUUAUUUACUUGGGGAUGCGUUAGAAGCUCAGAAAUUUCCUUAUUUAUAUUUUACAAAGUUUUAUAUUGGUUGUAUUAUGAGCGGUGUGUUUGGUAUAUGUUUGAAUUUAUGUGCAAUAAAACUUCAAGAUACCCAGCUUCGAGUUGUAGAGUUAUCAUCUGUAGUAGCUAUUAGUAAGAUUGUUGGGUCGUUGUUAUCAGUGGCUGUAUUUAGAGGUUUAAUAACAGGUACACAUGGGCUCUGGUUAACAGUUAAUCAGCUCUGUGGUUUAGCAGUAUGUGAUCCAAACUUUGACCUUACAACACCUACAAUUAUUAGCCUAUCAGAUACUCCAAAACUAAAGACUGUUGGUUUAAAACGUGAUGCUUUACAGCAAGAUAUGUUACGUAUUGAAAUCCGAAGAUGAAACGAUGUGGUGUUCAAGUAAAACUUUUGGUUUUCGGAUAUGAAUCUCCAUAUUUUGAUAAAAGAGAAUAACAUUCCAUAAGUGUUCAAGAUGGCCACUUUGGCAAUCAUCUCUGUUGGCAUUUUCAUCAACAUCAACAUUAAAAAUGACUUUUAUGUUAUUUGGGAGAAAUUAUUUGUAUUUUUCUCUGUGAAGUUUAAUUUGAAGUACCUUCUAUGUCAGCUUACAUAUAUUGGUGUCAACAUCCUUUGUUGUUUCAGAAUUUAUAAUUUAUAUAGGCAUUAACAGGAUUACAUAACUCAAAAAAGAUUCCACCAUGACUCGCUAAAUUUUAUGUGACGAUAUAUCUUAUUGCAAUAUAUCAGUUUGUUUUGACAGCUCCAGUUUUGAUUAAACCGAUUCUAUGUUGCUGUCGAUUUUAAUAUAGCAUCAGUAAAACGUAUCUGAAGCCUUAUUACUGAAAACCUGAUCUAAAAUAGUUUAAGCAUGCAGCCUUUCCAUUGGCAUGAAGCUAACCUCUAAAACAGGAUUAUGAUGCUGGACCAAUUGAUUUUCUGAAAUACUGCCCAUGAGAAUCUUCUCACUGUUUCCUGUUCAAUUACCAGAAAUACUGGUAAAAUAAACAAAUAGUUGUCUCAUCAUCAGUCACAUGACAUCAUCCACUGAUCAAACUCAUCUCCUGAGAAAACACUCACUUACUUGCCUACCGUCAACUUCAUUUACAAUAGCAAUACUAUUGUUAAGAUCAUUGUACACUAUGUUCAUUUGCACAACUUAAGCAUACCCUGGUACUUAUUUAAAGGGAAAUAAUGAGAAAUCAGCUUUAAGAUAUCCAGCUUAUCCGCUUUUAUCCUAUUGAUUUUCUGUUGAUAUGGCUGAAUAUUGAAUAAUUGGAUAUUGCAUGUACCUUAAGAUAUAGGGUUCAUGCCUCAUGGUUAGCAUUUUAAUGGUUAGAAAUAACUCAAUCAUGUUCAGAAUUCACUAAAAUACUUUAUUGGUUCAAAACACCAAUGACUCAAAACCUUAGCAGCAUUGUACUUUAAAACUUGUACAAAUUAGCAACUUGUAGUGUAAUGUCCAUAUCAGUAAUCUGUAUUUGAAAAGUGCUGUUUUUCAGUAAUUCAAUCCUUCUGCAUAAAUUAAUUUGCAUAUUUUUGUAAAAAUAUGUAUUUUUGGUCGAAUAAAGUAUUCUAGUGAAAUUUGAACAUGAUUGAGUUAUUUUUAGCUUUUUUAGACACUAGGGUUAGUUCUAACCUUAAACGGAUAUCUGCACAGCACCAUGUUGCAAAUCAAACUUAAGAACCUUAAACUUAAAUCAAACAUUUUACGAUUCUACUCAUGUUAAGUAACCUUACAUUGAUAAAGUGUCUAAUGUUAAAUGUAUUUAGACAUAACUGUUUGUACAAGGAGGUCCUGGGCCUAGUUUCUUGUUAUACUUACCAGUUUCAUAGAGUUGUAUAGUAAACUGUUCAGUUUACUUACAUGUAUGUAAGUCUUACAUGUACUGAAAUUGAGAGUACAAGUUUCGGAGAGCUGAAGUAUGUUUCAUAAUGCUCUAGUUACCUACACACAAGUUCAAUAGACUUGUAUAGUAAAAUGUUCAAUGUGCUUUAUUAAGUAGAAUCUUGGUGUCUAAGCCAGUCCCUGAUAAAUCCUUUACUAAUUUUUAUUGUAUCUUUUUAUUGGUGUACUAUAUGUGUACAUGUAUAUAUUAUAUUUGUUGAUGUUAAAAAAAAAUAAAGGUCAGUGUAAGCAGUGGUACAAAAAUAGUGUUUACUUUUAACCAUGUUGAUCAUAACACUAAGAUAAAUCAAAAGAUUAAUUUGCUUUGAUUUAAAG